AUGAUGCCAAAUUGUAGGGUCCCUGGAGGUUAUUUUGGUAAUCCUCUUGAUACAGUUGGUGAGUCCGAGGGGUCGGGAACAUCGGGGCAAAUAGACACUGAAAUUACGGUUUCGGAAGAUUCGGCUGCCCCGGCUAGGAAAUCUAUUAGUUUGAACUCAAGUCGUCGCGGUGCGUUUGGUGCUUCCAUCCAUGUUGUUCCCUUGUCAAAAUUGUCAUCAAUUGAAAGAAGAGGUCUGGUGCAACGCCUGAGAUCUGAGCUGGAACAUGUUCGCCAGCUUCAGAAGAGAAUUGAGCUACACAGAUCCAAUGGUGUUACGCUCUCGUCUUCUAGUGAUAUUCUUAGUUGUAGUAAUGGAAAUACCAUUACCAGGCAUCAUCACGUGGAAAACUCGACCAAAAAAUCAGCUUCUACUUCUUUUCCAGGGAAUAAAUCAAAACAAUUAGAUAAGAGUAAUAAGCCUCGCGGGUGGAAUCGGGGCUCGUCUGGAAAAUUUGAGACUCCCUUGAAGACUUGUUUGCCGAACACUGCAAAUUCUUUGUUAAUAAAAGAUUGUGAGUCACUGUUGAAACGGCUAAUGAGUCAUCAGUAUGGUUGGGUUUUCAACACCCCUGUGGAUGCCGUCAAGUUGAACCUUCCUGAUUAUUUCACUAUCAUUAAGCAUCCUAUGGAUUUGGGAACAAUAAAAAGCAAGAUCGAUACAGGAUCAUACUCAGAUCCUUUGGAAUUUGCCGCUGAUGUGAGGCUAACUUUUUCCAAUGCAAUGACCUAUAAUCCACCUGGGAAUGAUGUCCAUAUCAUGGCGGAUACCCUCCGUAAAUAUUUUGAAAUGAGAUGGAAAACAAUCGAGAAGAAACUCUCCAAAAGUGAUUCUCUUCCAUUGCCUACAAAGCCUGCCCAUAGUUCAGAUGUGAAAACUACCAGAGCAAUGCCUCCUUCCAAAAAGAGGAAAAUUGUCUCUUUGCCCCCUCAACCUCAAGUUAUCACACCUGCUAAGGAGGUUAUGUCAGAUCAAGAGAAGCACAAUCUAGGUCGACAAUUGGAGUCUUUGCUUGGGGAAAUACCCGUCCAUAUCAUUGAUUUCUUGAAAGAACAUAGUUCAAAUGGAAGAGAAUGUGGAGAGGAUGAGAUUGAGAUUGAUAUUGACGUUCUCAGUGAUGAUACACUAUUCACAUUACGCAACCUUUUGGAUGACUUUUUGCAUGAGAAGCAAAAUAACAAAGAAAAUGUUCAAGUGUGUGAAAUAGAGGUGUUGAAUGAUUCUGGACCUAGCAAUUCCUCAUUGCAACCAUUUAAAGGCAAUGAUAUGGCCGAUGAAGAAGUGGACAUCGGUGGGAAUGAGCCCCCUGUUUCAAGCUGUCCUCCUGUGAAGGUUCAAAAGGAUACAACUUGCAGAGAGAACAAAUGUCCAAGUGCAGGCCAUUCCAAUGAUUCAGACUCUAAUAGUUCUUCUGAUAGUGAUAGUGAAUCUGAUGAUGCUAAAGCAGGCCCAGCAAAUGAAGCAAAGGUACCAGAAAUUAUGGGUUCAGAAGCUCGGUUGGAGGACAAGACCAGGGCUGCUGAUACUCUUGAAAGAAAUCAAUCUGUCAGUGGCUUAGAUCAAGUUGAGGAUAAUUCUCAGGAUAAACGGAGUCCUUCUGCCUCUGAUUGUCUGCAAGAUGGGGACAGUGGUCCUUCUGAGAGGCAGGUCUCCCCUGAUAAACUUUAUCGAGUUGCAAUAUUGAAGAAUCGAUUUGUUGAUACUAUCUUGAAAGCUCGAGAAAAGGCGCUCCCACAAGGAGAAAAGGGAGAUCCUGAAAAGUUGCGUCUGGAAAGAGAGAAAAUGGAGAUGGAGCAAAGGAAAGAAAAGGCAAGGCUCCAAGCAGAAGCGAAGGCUGCUGAAGAUGCUCGAAAGCAGGCAGAAGCAGAAGCUGCUGCUGAAGCCAGACGAAAGGUAGAGCUUGACAGAGAAGCUGCACGACAAGCUUUGACACAGAUGGAGAAGACUGUUGAAAUGAAUGAGAAUUCUCGUUUUCUCGAAGAUUUGGAAAGGCUUAGAGCUGUACCUGCGGAGCAAUUACCAAGUCAUGUAGAUGAGACAAGUCCCGAUCACUCUCAGGAUGGCUUGGGCAGUUUCAAGUUUGGUAGUAGUAAUCCCCUGGAACAACUAGGGUUAUAUAUGAAAGUUGAUGAUGAAGAGGAGGAGGGAGAGGCACCCUCUGUUCCAAAUCCUGUAAAUGAUGUUGAAGAGGGGGAGAUUGGUUAG